CUAAUACACGUGGUUUACAACCGCAAGCUCUGAACUGAACUGUGAGGUGCCAGAGGAGGAAAAGCGAGGGGAGAGAGAACCAUGUUAUCUUCUUUUGUGCAAUAAUUGCAGUUUCGUGAGGACUUCGCCUGUGUCGUUUAUAAAGAGCUCAAAGCGAACUCUAUUUCCCUGAUGUGUGCAUUGUUGGAAAAUAAAAAGAUUCUGUGCUUCGUUUGGUUGCCUUGUUGAAAACCAGAAACAUCUCUUUGCAAAAAAGGACUGAGAUGGGAAACAAUAAUGUAGCAUGAUCUAAAAUACCAGCGCUGAUGUUGCAUCAUGCAAAUCAGGUUUCAUAGUAAGUCGAGAGGUUUUGCUUUAUAUGAUUUAAUUGUUCGUGCCUGUGUACUAAAUCCAUCCAUGCAUAGCUAGAGUAAUAAAGACUUGAAAAAUGCAAAAAUGUUUAUCAUUUAAAGACACGGCAUAUACUGUAAGCACGUUCUUUGUGAGUCCUAACUAAUCAAAAUGUAUAUUUAUUUUCACUGCCGGAUUUAAAGAAUUACGUUAAGGCAUAUAUUCUCUUUUUCAUUUUUAUGGUAAAUUAAAUAUACCCCCAUUUACCUCGGAUCUAAAAUACUGGAAGUAUUAAUAGCCAUGUGAAUCUUUACACCGUAGGGAUUUAAACAAGUUCAAUGUCCUCCAUGUAUUGGCUAGUGAAAGUUUCCCAGUCGUUCUGUGGAAGGUGAUUUAUCAGACGGAGAGACUUUACCGGAACAUUCACCUGAAAAGAACUGGUUUUAAGUCAGUCCGAAGUCAGGGAAUUUGUUACAACGUCGUGUUUUCAAAAUGAAGAGGAGACAGAAACGAAUUCUGCAGAUGACUUUUGUGUUCAUGGUGGCUUUGAUUUUCUUGCCAAAUAUUGGCCUGUGGUCCCUUUACAAAGAGAAACACUUGAUUAAAUCUUCCGAGGCUGGAGAACAGGAAUUUCCUUUAGGCUUGAGUGAAGGACACAUUUACACAUGGAGUGAUGGCUUAAGAAGAAAAGAUUGGCAUGACUAUGAAAGCAUCAGAAAAGAUGAAAUCCGUGCAGGUAAGGGGGAACAUGGGAAGCCUUACCCACUUACAGAAGAAGAAUGUGAUGACUCUGCAUACAGGGAGAAUGGCUUUAAUAUCUAUGUUAGCAACAACAUUGCCUUGGACCGCUCUCUGCCAGAUAUCAGACAUCCAAACUGUAAGCAAAAGCUGUAUUUGGAAAAUCUACCAAACACCAGCAUCAUCAUCCCUUUCCACAAUGAAGGCUGGUCCUCACUGCUGCGGACAAUUCACAGUAUUACCCACAGAACUCCAGACCACCUGAUUGCAGAAAUUAUCCUCGUGGAUGACUUUAGUGACAGAGAACAUCUAAAAGAUAAGUUAGAAGAAUAUAUGGCAAGAUUCCCUAAGGUGAGGAUUGUACGAACGAAGAAGAGAGAGGGACUGAUUCGAACUCGACUACUGGGCGCUACAGUAGCAAAAGGAGAAGUCUUAACCUUCCUGGAUUCCCAUUGUGAGGCUAAUGUGAACUGGCUGCCACCUCUGCUUGACCAGAUUGCUCAAAACCACCGAACAAUUGUGUGCCCCAUGAUUGAUGUCAUCGACCACAACCACUUUGGGUAUGAGGCGCAGGCUGGGGAUGCCAUGCGAGGAGCCUUUGACUGGGAAAUGUACUACAAGCGGAUUCCCAUUCCAGCUGAGCUCCAGAGCACUGACCCCAGUGACCCAUUCGAGUCACCUGUCAUGGCAGGGGGUCUAUUUGUAGUAAAUCGUCUGUGGUUCUGGGAGCUUGGAGGUUACGAUCGUGGACUUGAGAUCUGGGGAGGAGAGCAGUAUGAAAUAUCGUUUAAAGUUUGGAUGUGUGGAGGCAGUAUGUAUGAUGUUCCUUGUUCCAGAGUUGGGCACAUCUACAGAAAGUAUGUCCCCUACAAAGUGCCGUCAGGAACCAGUUUAGCAAGAAACCUGAAGCGAGUUGCUGAGACAUGGAUGGAUGAGUACACUGAAUAUAUCUACCAGCGGCGGCCGGAGUACAGACAUCUCUCAACUGGUGACCUGUCAGCACAGAAAGAACUGCGCAAACAGCUCAAGUGUAAGGAUUUCAAGUGGUUCAUGGCAGCAGUGGCCUGGGACCUGCCCAAGUACUACCCGCCCGUGGAACCAUUACCAGCUGCCUGGGGAGAGAUUCGGAAUGUUGUAGCCAAUCUUUGUAUAGACAGUAAACACGGCUCCACAGGGACAGAACUAAGACUGGACGUUUGUGUGAAGGAUGGCUCAGAACGGACAUGGUCACAUGAGCAGAUUUUUACCUUUGGCUGGAGAGAAGAUUUAAGGCCUGGGGACCCACUCCACACAAGGAAAUUUUGCUUUGAUGCUAUCUCCCACAGUAGCCCUGUCACACUGUACGACUGCCAUGGCAUGAAGGGCAACCAGCUCUGGCUCUACAGGAAGGAUAAAACCUUGUACCACCCAGUGAGCAACAGCUGCAUAGACUGUAGCCCUGGGGAUAAGAAGAUUUUCAUGCACAGAUGCGACCCUCUGUCUGAAACACAGCAGUGGAUUUUCCAACACAUCAAUGCAACUGUUCUAGAAAAAUUCAACAGCCCUGCCAGCUCCUAGGAAUGCCAAGUGAAAUAAAAAGGAACAGCAGAUUACUCGCUUGCAGGAACUCCUAAAGCAUCUUAAUUGAUGGAUUCGGGUAUUACAUUUCUCAUCUUUAGGAGGCCCGUUCUCAGGAUCUCUUAUUAAUUGGAGGAGGAGGGGGGGGAGGGGGGACAACAGCUUAAGAAAGCAGACUUCCAAUGUGCACACACCAGACACUCUCGACCAACAGAUUCAGGAAGAGCAAAUAUGGGAUUAAAAAUGGGUGCCUUGCUGGUCAAGGUCAGACAGACUUUGUGACGACAAACAGCCAACUCUAACUUGAAUCUAUUCUUAGCUCGGGCCAGCCCCUCAGAUUGUGCAUUGCUGUGGAAAAUACUGAAUUUGUUCUUGUUACCAGACACAAAACUGCAUGACUGUCUCUUGGCUCUCGAAGAACUACCCAGUGGUUCACAAGCUGUCCAUUCACUGUUGGCCAACAAUGUUUUUAUAAUGUGCAAUGUAAUGGUAUUGUAUCCAUAAUGUAUAUAAAAAGUCAUUUUUUCUUGUUCUUACAAAAAAAGAUAGUAUUAGCAAAAAAUACAGUGCCUUGCAAAAGUAUUCAGACCCCUGACCAAUUCUC